AACACAGCUGUUUACGAUUUGCAUCAGGGGAUUUGCGGGAGGAUCUGCGUGGCUGCGCGUGUGUGAUUGAAUAAACGCGUUGUUGUGGAUAAAGUCAUUCAAAGCCCCUUACAAAGCCUUUUCUUUUUUUGUUUUUGCUGGUGUAACGAAAUGAUGGUGUUUUGAGUGUUAUGAUAUGUUGUAACCGAUUUAUUGAAUGGCUGGAGUCCAAAAAGUUUCCAUCUUUGGAUAAUAUAAAAGUGAAAUAUCCUUCAAGCAAGCUUCAACAUUAUUCAGUACUAUCUGAUUUUGGUUCCACUACUUUGAGGGCCGUGAUCCCGGCCAUUACAAGGCCUUACUGAAGAAGCACAUUCAAGAUGGUGCUAGCAGACUUGGGAAGAAAAAUUACCACAGCGCUGCGCUCCCUCGGGAAUGCAACUGUUAUCAAUGAGGAGGUGCUCAACUCUAUGCUGAAGGAUGUCUGCACGGCCCUCCUAGAGAGCGAUGUCAACAUCCGCCUGGUCAAGAAACUCCGCGAAAAUGUCCGCUCAGUCAUCGACUUUGAGGACAUGGGGUCGGGCCUCAACAAGCGGAGGAUGAUCCAGACGGCCGUCUUCAAGGAACUGAUCAAGCUGGUGGACCCUGGCGUCAAACCGUUCACGCCCGUCAAGGGCAAGCCGAACGUCAUCAUGUUCGUCGGUCUGCAAGGUUCCGGCAAGACCACCACCUGCACCAAGAUGGCCUACCACUACAUGAAGAAGGGCUGGCGCACGUGUCUGGUGUGCGCCGAUACGUUCCGAGCUGGCGCCUACGAUCAGCUGAAACAGAACGCCACCAAGGCGCGGAUCCCCUUCUACGGCAGUUACACCGAGGUCGACCCGGUGGUAAUUGCUCAGUACGGUGUGGACAAGUUUAAGGCGGACAACUUCGAGAUCAUCAUCGUGGACACGUCCGGUCGGCACAAGCAGGAGGACUCCCUCUUCGAGGAGAUGUUGCAAGUCUCCAACGCCGUGAGUCCGGACAACGUGGUGUUUGUGAUGGACGCCGCCAUCGGUCAGGCUUGCGAGCCGCAGGCGCGCGCCUUCAAGGAGAAGGUGGACGUCGGCUCAGUCAUCAUCACAAAGCUGGACGGCCACGCCAAGGGAGGAGGCGCCCUCUCCGCCGUGGCGGCGACCAACUCCCCGAUCAUCUUCAUCGGUACGGGCGAGCACAUCGACGACCUGGAGCCGUUCCGCACCAAACCGUUCAUCUCCAAACUGCUCGGCAUGGGCGACAUCGAGGGCCUGAUCGAGACCGUCCAGGACCUGGGACUCGAGGACAACGAGGAGCUCAUCAAGAAGCUGAAACACGGAGAGUUCACACUGCGAGACAUGUACGAGCAGUUUCAGAACAUCAUGAAGAUGGGGCCCUUCUCGCAGAUCAUGGGUAUGAUUCCCGGUUUCGGCCAGGACUUCCUCUCCAAGGGCGGCGAACAGGAGUCGACGGCUCGCCUGAAGCGACUCAUGACGCUCAUGGACAGUAUGAGCGACGGAGAGCUGGACAGCCAGCUGGGCGCCAAGCUGUUCACCAAGCAGCCGUCUCGCAUAACGCGCGUGGCGAACGGUGCCGGUGUCUCGGAGCGCGAGGUGCGGGACCUCCUCAACCAGCACACCAAGUUCGCGCAGGUCGUCAAAAAGAUGGGAGGCAUCAAGGGACUCUUCAAGGGAGGCGACAUGUCUCGCAACGUCAACCCCAACCAGAUGGCCAAGCUGAACCAGCAGAUGGCGCGCAUGAUGGACCCGCGCGUGCUGCAGCAGAUGGGCGGCGUCAACGGCAUCCAGAACAUGAUGCGCCAGCUGCAGCAGGGCCAGGGCACGCUCAGUCAAUUUGUCGGCAAACAGUGAGCGCGGCCGGCGCGACGCUCCAUUCCAGGACGAGCAUGGCGACGGACGGACGGAGGGCGGCGAUCAGAGGUGCUGCUGCGCGGUCGGCCGCGAGGUCUCGCUCGGGGACUGCGGUCGACAGGCGGUGUUCUCGGCGGCUGGUCGAUCUGUGCGGGUGGGAGGGGAGGGGAGAGGAGUCGCCAGGCGGUGCGCCGCGCUGACGAGCGGCCCGGGGCCGAGUUUUACCUGCGGUACGGGGUACAGUGGCGUGAACGCUUGGUAUUGGGUGCUGCCGACAGCGGUCUUGUUACUGUGGAUGUGAAGCUCUUUAUAUACAAAAUUGGUGUUGACGGUAUUUAAAUAUUGUAAAUACAUGUGUCCAUAUAA